UGUUAUAUUAUAUUGUCUUAUCGUUCAAAUUCUUUUAACUGUAAAUGUAAAAAAAUCUAUCAAUAUGCAAUUUAUGUCUUGAUGCAGGAUUUUUCUCGAUUUAUCCGAAAGUGAAAAAUCAAUGUUAUCCACGAGUAUUUAUCUUAUAACCUUAAAAUUAUUAACGAAUCAGCCAUGUCAUUACCAGAACCAUAUUAUAAUGAUGACCCUAAGUCAUUUGCUUAUCCUACCAUCCAUUCAAGAUGGCCUAAGAUUAUUCAAGGAGCAAUUGAUGAUGUUAAAUCGGUCAUAAAUACUAAUGAAAAUCUUCAAUCUACUGGAACAAAUAUUGUUAUUCAAUUACAAGAAUUAUUAGCAUCUUUUAAAAAUGAUGAAGUUGUUCGUUCAUUCACUACUUCAGAAAUUAAUCUCAGUAAAGAAGAUUUAAAAUCUUAUAAUUCUACUUUAAUUAAAUUAAAUGAACAUAAAAAAGUUACUUGGCAAACAGGUCCUUGGUUAUAUUUAGAAUGUUACUUAUAUCAAUAUAUUAAUAAUUUAUUCCUUGCUGAAAUUAAACAAAAUUCUUUUUGGAGUAAAUAUGAUGUAUUCCAAGUCUUGAAGGAUAAGACUUUCCAACAAUCUGAAUUUGGAGUAUUAGAACUCUUAAAGAAGUAUCACUCCCUUGUAGCUGAUACUAAACUUCAUGAACAACAACUUACUCAAGAUCAAAAAUUAUUAUUAUUUAGAGAUUUUAUUGAUAUUUCACUUUGGGGUAAUGCUACAGAUUUAUCACUUUUAGCUGGAAAUGUAACUCUUGAAGAUAUUAAAUCUUUACAAGGAGCUGAAACAAGAAAGAAGAAUGAAGAAAAUAUUCUUGUCAAUGAUAUUGAAGAUGCAUGGAAACAAUUAAUCAACAAGCAAGAUACUGAUAGAGUUGAUAUUGUUUUGGAUAAUUCUGGAUUCGAAUUAUAUUCCGAUGUUAUUUUUGCUCUUUUCUUACUUGAUUUUAAAAUUGUAAAGCAAGUUAAACUUCAUUGUAAAACCAUUCCUUGGUUUGUUAGUGAUACUAGACCAGUUGAUGUUGUUAAUUUUACUGAGCAAUUAAAAUCAUCGGAUUUCUUUCCGGAAAUUCAUAGUAAACAUAAACAAGAUAUUGAUUUUCUCAAUUCUAAGAUUGCUACUUAUAUCGCCGAUGAUAAACUUACUUAUGAAGAUAAUAUUUAUUGGACAUUAGGUGGAAAUUAUUGGAAUUUAGGUCAACAUACCAAGCUUUAUGAAGAUUUGAAGAAACAUUCAAGUUUAAUCAUCUUUAAGGGAGAUUUAAAUUAUAGAAAAUUAACUGGAGAUUUACAAUGGGAUAAAACCACCCCUUUCAUAACUGCCAUUCAAGAUUUGGCUACUUCUCAAUUACCUAUUUUAAGUCUUAGAACUUGUAAAGCUGAUGUUGUUGUUGGGUUAAAACCUGGAGUUAAUGAAGAAUUAAUUGAAAGAUAUAAAGCUCAAGGUAAUGAGAUUGGAGAAUUUUGGUCAUCUUCUGGUAAAUGGGCCGUUAUUUCCUUCUCAAAUGGUAAGAAUUAAUCCAUUACUUUUACAAUAAUUUUCUUCUAGAUAUUUCAUUUAUUUCUCUAU